AUGGCGGCACAAGCGACCGAAGACAUGGCACACCCGACGCCUCCCCACAGCGAACCUCAGAGUGAAAACGAACAGAGCCACGAGAGGAGCGAUGUCAAGAGCGAAAGGCAACCGCUCAAAACCAAGACCGAGACGGAAGAGAAGAUUGAGAAGGAAACGCCGCCAUUGAGCUCGGAUGCAUCCGUGUCGGGGGCCGACGGCGCGCAACACGAACCCAACAAGCACGUCGCGCGGAGAUCAAAACGUACAGCGGUGGCUCACAGUGGAGAGCGGAAUAAUCCAAGACAAGCGCAUCAGUCGCAAGGCGCGCAGCAGGUCGUACCGCAAAAUCAACAGGUGCAGAACAAGGGCAAGGGAGGGCCUUCGGUUCGGCUUGAUAUGGAUCUGGACGUCGACAUUGAUCUGAAGGCAAAGAUUAAGGGUGACAUUGAGUUAUCUAUAUUGGGUGGUAAUCAGGACAGGAGAUGA